AUGAUAGUAAUCAGGUCCAUUGAGUCACGAUCUCGCACGACCGUUGUCCCUUCCUCUUCCAAGUUCCUGCGUCAAACGCCGACUCGACCCAAGUCAGUCAACGAAACAUACUAUCGGAUCCAAAGUGCCCGACGUAUAGCUCUGACCUGA